AUGGUGCACAUUACCGGCACGCAAACCUUGCGGUCUGAGGCGUCUGCCGUGCACAGUUGCCACAGCUACUGGACGACGCAUCGCCGCGGCGAGCUGUGGCAGCGGCUGGACAAGACCGUGUUUGCCCCCGAGGCGCCCCUCACCGUGCACGACAUGGUCAUGGGCACGGCCGUCAAGUAGGCCAACUACGUCGCGCUCGGCUCCCAGCGCAGGACCGGCUGGCACCUGCGCCACGUGGAGGAGUGCCGGCGCGCGGCCAAGGCCUUCCUCAAGCUAGGCCUGCAGUGCUUCCACAGCGUGGCGAUUGUGGGCUUCAACUCGGAGGAGUGGGUCAUUGCCAGCAUUGGCGCCAUCACGGCGGGAGGCUUCGCCGCCAGCAUCCUGUCCACCAACCCGAAGGCCUGCCAGGUCAUCGCCGGGAGCUCGAAGGUGGGAGCUUUUGUGGUGGACAGCGCCCGGCGACUGCGGAAGGUCGUCCAGGGCGACCCGGGCUGCAGCCCCCGCCCGGGCUGCGCGGGCCCCUGGGAGCCCAGCGGCCGCCUCUCCGCGUGGCGAGGGCUCCUGGGGCUGGCCGCGGGCAUCUCGGACGACAGGCCGGACCGGGUCGUCGACUCCCAGCGGCCCAACCAGUGCUGCACCCUGGUCCGCAGCCCGGGGGCGGCGGGGCCCCCCGAGAUCGUCACGCUCAGCCACGACACGUGGGCGGCCCCGGCCCAGAGCCUGCGUUUUCGGAGCCCCCCGGAGGGCCAGGAGGUGCGGCUGAGCUACCUUCCGCUCAGCCACACCGGGGCCCGGCUCCUCGACGUGUGGGGCGCCAUCUUCCUGGGCUCCCUGGUGGAGGUCCGGCCCACCUCCCUCUGCGGCGUCCCCCGGAUCUGGGACCCCACGCUGGACCUGCUCCAGGCCGGGCGCCUGGACUCCAGCGCCUUCCGGCGGAGGAUCGCCAAGUGGGCCCUGGCCGUGGGGCUGUUCGGUCCGUGCCCCCUCUGCCUCCGCCUGGCCAAGAAGCUGACCUUCAAGGGCUCCAGGAAGGGCCUGGGCCUGGGGCGCUGCCCCCAGUUCUUCAGCGCGGACCUGAGGCUGCCCAGGGCCACCCUGGGCUUCUUCCUCAGCCUCAACAUGCCCAUCUCUGGGAUCCACGGCCUGUCCGAGGCCUGCAGCCAGACGGACCGACAGGUCUGGGCCCGCCCCCUCCGGCCCACCUUGCCAUGCUCAGAGGGUCGCUUCGGCGGCUGGCGCCUUGUUGGUGACACUUGGCCUCUCAGCUGCGGGGAGGGGCUCCUGGGCACCCACACCAAGGACGAGGACGAGGCGGGCGUGGGGACCGUCUGCUUCUGGGGCCGGAACGUCUUCAUGGGCUCCCUCGGCGACAAGGCGGCCACCCGCCAGACGACCGACACGCACGGCUGGGUGCCCACGGGGGACCUGGGUUUCCUGAACGCCAACAACUUCCUCUACGUCGUGGGCAACGUCAAGGCCCCAGUGAGGACGUGCAUCCCCAUGGUGCGCUGUGCCGUGCUGUACCUGUGCGCCCUGCUCACACUCAAGCGCCAGAUCAGCUCGGAGACGGGAGAGCCCCGGGGCGCGCUGACCAGCGAGGCCGUGGCCUUCUGCCGCAGGCUCGACAGCCGGACGUCGUGCGGCCGCGACCCCGCCGUCCUGGGGUCCAUUGGGCGGGGCAUCGAGGCCCCCUCGGACGGCACCAGGAUCGUCAGGUGGACCGUCCUGCACACGGACUUCUCGGUGGCCGGCGGGGCCGCCCGCUGCCCGGCACACACGCCGACGUUCCGGGACGGGGGCGCCGGAGCCCAGAGCAGCUGGAUCUGCUCGGACACAGGCCAGGUCGGGAGCAAAGCCGGCGGGGACGCGGCCACUCCGGGUUUGCACUGGGGCGAGCGGCUCAGCACGGCGCGCCCCGGAGCCUCUCCGGCCCAGCUGCUGGGCAGCCAGGGCGAGGAGGCAGCAGCUGGGAAUGCUGGCGGCCAGCGCGUCCGUCGCGGGGGCGAGGAGCCAGCCCUGGAGGACAGCGGUGAGGCCUUCCGGCCAGAGGAGGUAACAGAAACGGGCCGCUGCUUCCGGGGGCUUUGCCGACAGCAGGAAGGGCCGGGAGCCACCGCCGAGGCUGCGCAGGCCACCGCGUGGGCCCCGGAGAGCCUCUGGGCAAACGGCAGCCCGGCGACUGCCCGCGGCCUCUGCCCACAGAAGGCGGACUGGCGGCGCCAUCCCCGCGCCCACGCGGGGCACUGGGGCCUGUCCACGUCCAUCUUCAGCGGAAGCGCGGGCGCCCACUUUGGAUUCGAAGACUUGCUCAACAACGCGGAGGAAGAGGAUCCUAUGGAGGAGGUGCGCCCAGAGGCCCGGCCGGCGCCGGCCGAGCAGACGCCCGGCCGCCCGGCGUAG